AAUAUUUGUUGAUAUCAGUUUCAGGUGUUUUCGACCAACGCUGUAAUAGAGUAGAUUUGGUUUAGACGUCAUGCAGACGGAAACGAAACAGCGCAGAUACCCACCGCACACGUUCAUGGACGUGAUGGAGGACAACCUGCAGAAGGCCUUGGAGUUGCUGGAAAACGUGGAGAUCCCGGAAGAAGCCCGCGAUCUCAUUCGGAAGACGCACGUCAUCGCCCGGGACGUCUAUCCCUAUUCGGAAAAGUAUUCCACCCAGCCCAGUCCCAUCCUCAAGGGGAUAUGGGAGCGGACUAUGGGGGAAGACUGGAAGGGAUUGCAUGCUGAGGGGAAGAUUUCCUACAUCCCGUCACCCAUCAUGAUGACGGACUCCACUGAGGGCAAGAGAUUUUCCCGCUUCGUUUCAUAUACCAUUACGAGCCUUGGAGGGCUGCUGCAGAUGCUGGUGAAGGUGACGGGUGCAAAGAACUGCCUCGAAGUGGGAAUGUUCACGGGUUUUUCCACGCUGAGCAUGGCGGAGGCCCUGCCCGAAGACGGCCGCGUCGUCUCCCUCGAGCUGGAGCCCUUCUUCGAGGAAUACAAUCGGCGGAACGCCUUCGACAAGAGCCCCCACGGACACAAGAUUCAUGUCCGGAUCGGAAAUGCCAGGGACAUACUGGAGGAACUUGCGGAGGAGAAAAUGCAGUUCGACCUCGCCUUCCUGGACGCGGAUAAGAAAAGCUAUCAGAAGUAUUUCGAGGUGAUUCUGCCGAUUCGAGACGGGGUAGCUCUCGUGUGCCGCCGUGAUCAAUGAAGAUCCAAAUUGAGUUUCUUUGCUUCGCUCGAGUUCCUUGAAUUGUGCAGGCAUCCCCAACGUCAUCGAGCAAUAAAUUGCAUUUCCAACUUC